ACGUGCUUACCGGUGAUGCGUGUGUUGCAAUAAAAGACAAUCUGCGCGCGUGUAUGGCGCCAAUUGUGCGCAAGCGUCGGUGGGCUUGUCCUCCAACACCAACGCUGUGCUCUGGUCUUGCGAUUUCGCUGCUCGGUUACGUUUCGCCGAUCAGUCCAUAGUCAACCUUCGUCGUAGUAUCAUCAGUACUCCCAUUUCUUACUAACGUGUGUCGUGUGGAUUGAUCGCCAUUCAAACUGCGUCAUAACACCCGAGUAGUUUUUUUUUUCAAUAAGACAACGUGAUCAGAUUAAUAAAAAUGAUUGAAUUGCGUACGAUUUAAGAGGACGCCUGUCGUGGUGAAUACGCGUGCGUUUUUCGUAGUAGGAUUCGAUAAUUUGUGGACGAUGACUUGUUGAACGUAUACAUAUGUGUGUGUACGUAUACGCAGACAGACACCUAACUCACGUGUAUGCCAAGAAAACUGCGCCGUGGAUCGGCUGUGGCUAUGCUUGUUAAUUACAUUUUGUUUAGUGCGUGAGAGUGAGGUUGUUGCUAUUUCUGUGAUUUAUUUCCUAUAGUAAACUAAUCGAAAAUGAAUAUGAAUAUGAUGGAGCCGGUUGCAGAGCACGAUGGUUUUGAACCCCAGACGAGAGCCCGCUCGAACACGUGGCCUCUUCCGCGGCCUGAGAAUUUCGUGGAACCAGGUGAGGAAGCGGGCAACAAGUGCGGUGGACCUCAGGUACCCACGCCUAGUGCACUUCAUGCAAAGAAAGGCACGAGUCGACGAAAUGCCUGGGGUAACCUGAGCUAUGCAGAUCUCAUCACUCAGGCCAUAACAUCCUCCCCCGAAAAACGGCUCACGCUGUCCCAGAUUUAUGAAUGGAUGGUCCAGAACGUGCCGUAUUUCAAAGACAAGGGUGACAGUAACAGCUCGGCUGGCUGGAAGAAUUCGAUCAGGCACAAUCUGUCCCUACACAAUCGUUUUAUGCGUGUCCAAAAUGAAGGGACGGGAAAGUCCUCCUGGUGGAUAAUAAAUCCCGAUGCGAAACCGGGAAAGUCUGUACGUAGAAGGGCUGCAUCGAUGGAAACGAGUAAAUUUGAAAAAAGACGCGGCAGGAUAAAAAGGAAAGUGGACGCGUUGAGAAACGGCGUACCAGACGGUACCAGCAGUCCCAGUUCUUCAGUGUCUGAAGGACUUGACCUGUUCCCAGAUUCACCCAUCCACAGUAGUUUCCAGUUGAGUCCAGACUUUAGGCCACGAGCACCAUCGAGCACGUCACCCGGUGGUCGGCAACUGUCUCCCAUACCGGCGGUUGUGGGAAUGGAACCUGAUUGGAGUUGCUCACCCACGCCCUUUGGAGAUAACUUCAACAAUCCCGACGUCACGGGAAGCUAUUCCCCUGAUCAGUUGGCGGGCAAUCUCGAACAGGGGAUGAAGCUACAGCAAGAUUCGUAUUUGGGAUAUUUGAACGGCCAGUCGCAGCAACAAGGCCAGCAACCACCCCCUCCUCCUUACACCUCGUCUUACGACAUCAACCCCUUGCAGACGAACCCUGCAUUCAGCUUAUCGGAAUGUCCUGUUCAUCGUCUCCAAAAUUGCAACUGUCUGGGACCAGUCCAGUGCAAAGUGGAGAACGUGUCGCCUUCUGGUAUGUCACCGUCGUAUUCAGAAUCAUCUCCCGAUCCGAUUGGUAAUCAGUUCCUGGGUAGUGGAUCCGGUCCUGCCGUUUUGCCCAGACCCCCAUCAAAUUCGCCUCCCUUAACGCCACAGCCGUCCUCCGUGGUGCACCAUCGCCAGCAGCAGUCGCCCACCUCGCCCCAGCAACAGUCUCAAACGCCUCAACGACCUUCCCAGCAGUCGCAGAACCCAAGCGCUGCACCCGUAGGUCCGUCGACAAUGAUGGGUCAACUGAUGGGCGCGUUGAACAGCAGCGCUGCACUUACGAUCGAUGAUCUCAACAUCAAUAUCGAAUCGCUACCGGGCGGAUUCGAUUGCAACAUCGACGAGGUGAUCAAGCACGAGCUCAGCAUGGAGGGGUCGUUGGAUUUCAACUUCGCCAACACGUCGGGCGGUGCGAGUACGGGAGGUGUAGGGACGCAGCCCGGUUCCGGAGCCCUUAUCGGUCACCAUCAUCAUCACGUCGUCGGUCACCAUCACCACCAUCAUGGAGAUGGGAGUUCUGCGGUCGUCUCCAGUGUCCACAGCAUGGUACCGGCUCCUUCCGCUACCGCAUCAGCGCAGGCCGCAGCAUCACCCUACUCCACGACGCCGUCCUGGGUGCAUUGAUGGACGCCAAGGGUUAGGACGACGACGCAGGACGUCCCGACGCACGCAACCGAGCUUGUCGAUUAGGGGGUGGAGUGGUGGUUUCGUCAGUUUCAACCGAGCGCAAAUCCCUGGUGUGAUCUCCAGAAGCUCCGUAGUAGUUGUUACGUAACUAAAGAGUGACGAUCGAUCGAUCGAUCGAUCGAUUGAUUGAUUGGAAAGAAGAUUCUUCUUAUUUGCUGCCAAUGUUAGUCGUCGCCUACUGUGUUGUCGUCGCUGUGUCUUUUACCCUCGUUUGUCGUCUCCGCACUGAUCAACUGGAAUAGAAAAAUUAUAAACAAUUACGAAACAAUUGCCCCCUACUACGCCCCCAAAUAGCUGUUUUAUCGUUGUGCCAUUUUUAAUAUAAUGUUAAGCGAAUAUUGUCCAUAGUUGUCAAUUAUAAUUUUAAAGAUUACUUAAAUAAAAGAAGAGCAGCUUGAGCAAAAAGGUUUUCAUUGAAAAAACGAUGAUUUUUUUUAUUUUUUUAAUU